CUUUCUCCGAAAAUACCGGCGAUAAAAUGCAAGCUCUGGUUCUCCUUUCAUGGAGUUCUUCAACAUAGGGCUCCUCUAGCCCUAAAUAAGCAACUCUCUGUAAAAUAUUUCCCCUUUUUUACGACAAUUAGUUCUUUUUUAAUCUCACGGAGUUUAACCUAGGGUUUCUUUAGCCCUCAAAUCAGCGGCUGCAACUUCUUCUACUUCUUCGCCAUUGAAGAUUUGUCUCCCUGCGAAUUAUUUUUGUGAUGCAGAGCAUAGAAGGAAAUGCACAGUCGAAUGAGCUCCAGCCGUCUUCCAUGGCUGCUGACUCGAGAGGGAAGCACCGUAUAAUUGCGGAACUCAAGCGAUUGGAGCAAGAAACCAGGUUCUUAGAGGAAGAGUUGGAAGAGCUGGAGAAGACACAGAAAGUCUCAGCUGCCUGUCAGGAGUUGUUGGUACUAAUAGAGGCGAAGCCGGACCCCCUUCUUCCAAUAACAAAUGGGCCCGCAAAUCCAGCAUGGGACCGAUGGUUUGAAGGUGCCCAAGAAUCACAAGGUUGCAGAUGCUGGAUAGUCUGACGGUCCCUUCGCUCCUAAACUUGGAUCACUUGACGUUCUGAUGGAAUUCUCAAAAGGGUUUCUCCUCACAAAAUUUGAUUUCAGCCAUUUUUUCCCCCUAUAAACCCAAGAUUGUAGGCUUUUUACUUCCCAUGUGAUAUAACCGUCAGUUUCAUUUAAGUAAAAUGUAUGAUACAUUUUGUUGUUUAUAAUGCCAUAUGAGAAAUUGUAUCCUUUUGUAGGCCAACCAUAAAA